AUGGCCUCGCACUUACGCUACGACAACCAAGUUGCUAUCAUCACUGGAGCUGGCAACGGCCUGGGAAAACAGUAUGCCAAAUUUCUCGCCUCACGCGGUGCUAAGGUUGUGGUCAAUGAUCUAGGCGGCACCUUCAAUGGCAAAGAUGCCGGUGGCAGAGGCGACUCCAGGGUCGCCGACAUUGUGGUCAAGGAGAUAAGGGAUGCAGGUGGUAUUGCCGUGGCCAACUAUGAUCCCGUCCAGAAUGGCGACAAGAUCGUGAAGACUGCCAUCGAUGCUUUCGGGAGAGUCGAUAUCCUCAUCAACAACGCGGGUAUCCUUCGCGACAUCACACUCCGCAACAUGAAGACGGAAGACUGGGAUAGCAUCAUGGAUGUCCAUGUCCAUGGCGCUUUCAAGACAGCCCGUGCAGCGUGGCCGUACAUGCGUAAGCAGAAGUACGGUCGAAUCAUUAACACGUCAUCGUCAUCUGGUCUAUUCGGAAACUUUGGACAGAGCAAUUAUGCAGCGGCAAAGAUGGCCCUGGUCGGUUUCAGCGAGACCUUGGCCAAAGAAGGAGCAAAGUACAACAUCACUUGCAAUGUGCUCGCACCCGGUGCGGCUAGCAGACUGACCCAAACCGUCUGGACCCAAGACAUGAUGGAAGUCAUGAAACCCGACUGGGUCGUUCCGCUUGUGGGCGUAUUAGUCAACGAGAAAUGUCAUGAGAAUGGAAGUAUCUUCGAGGCGGCGGCAGGUCACUACAGUAAGAUCCGGUGGGAGCGGAGCAAAGGAUUCCUCGCACGCCCGGAGGACUUGACCGCGGAUAUCGUGCUGGAAAACUGGGAGAAAAUUGUGAAUUGGGCGGGUGCAGAGCAUCCAAAAGAACCCGCAAGGAUUUUGCAAUUCCUUGACGAGGCGAAAUCCUUGCCGAAGACCAACGCCCGAGCUGGAAGUCGGGUGAGCUUCAAAGACAGAGUGGUCCUGGUAACUGGCGGUGGUGCUGGAUUAGGACGAGCGUACAGUCUUCAUUUUGCUCAACUUGGCGCAAAGGUUGCGGUGAACGAUGUCAAGAAUGCCGAAAAGGUCGCCAACGAGAUCAAGUCUAGGGGAGGCGAGGCAAUUGCCGUGCCAAUGUCCGUCGAGGAGGGAGAAGCUAUUGUGCGACGAGUGGUAGAGACCUUUGGCCGGAUCGAUGUCGUGGUCAACAACGCCGGAAUCCUAGGAGACAAGGCGUUCAUGAACAUGACAGACGAGCAGUGGUAUUCGGUUAUGAACAUUCACCUACGGGGAACAUAUCUCGUCACCAGAGCCGCCUUUCCGAUCAUGUUGAAGCAGAGAUAUGGACGCAUUGUCAACAUUACCAGCACGAGCGGCAUUUAUGGAAACUUUGGACAGGCCAAUUAUGCAGCUGCGAAAUGCGGCAUUGUCGGCUUCACAAAGACCAUCGCUCGAGAAGGAGCCAAGUAUAACGUCGCGGUCAACUCACUAGCCCCCACAGCCGGGACGAACAUGACUCGAACAGUCUGGCCCGAGAAAGACGUUGAGGCCGUCAAACCAGAAUAUGUCGCGCCCGUUGUUGCGGCACUGUGUAGCGAGAAACCUCCAGCGACAGGACAGCUGUUUGAAUCCGGUUGUGGGUGGAUUGGAGCCACUCGUUGGCAGAGAGCUCGGGGCGUUGAUUUUGACCACGAAAAGGGCGUACCGAGCGUGGAACAGGUUGCGCAAGCAUUCCCAGAGAUCUGCAAUUUUGACAAUGGUCAGGCAGAUAACCCAGAUACCCCACAGGACGGAAGCAAGUACACCAUGGGCAACGUACUGAAGAAUCCAAAGAUUGCCGCAGCAUUGUCCCAAGAGAACCGCGCCAACCGCAAAUAUAUUGCAAAAAUUCAAGAAGCCAUAUCAAUGAAGCCUAUCCCAUCAGCUUACACCUAUGACGAUCGGGAUGUCAUUCUGUACAACCUUUCCCUAGGCGCGCACCGCACCGACCUCGACCUUGUCUAUGAGAAUUCGCCAAACUUCCAGGUUCUCCCGACGUUCGGCAUUGUACCCACAUAUUCCGCGACCACGCCCUGGAAAGUGCAAGAUAUUGUCCCCAACUACGACCAACGCAUGCUCCUCCACGGAGAGCAAUAUCUAGAGAUCAAGCAGUUCCCCAUUCCAACAUCGGGCACGCUCAAGACAGAAACAAGCUUGGUCGAAGUCGUCGACAAGGGAAACGCCGCCCUUGUACGCAGAGGCGCCACCACCGUCGACAGCGCAGGCCGACCCGUCUUCUACAACGAAAGCGUCGCGUUCAUCCGCGGAUCCGGCAACUUCGGCGGCCAACGCAAACCGUCCGACCGCGGCGCCGCCACGGCCAUCAACACGGCCCCAUCCCGCGCCCCGGACAAGGUCGUCGCGGAAAAGACAUCCGAAGACCUCGCGGCCCUGUACAGAUUGAUGGGCGACCGCAACCCCUUGCACAUCGACCCGAAAUUCUCGGCCGCGGGCGGCUUCAAGGACCCCAUCUUGCACGGCCUGGCCACCUUUGGAAUCACGGCCAAACACGUCUUCCAGGCGUACGGCCCCUUCAAGAACAUUAAAGUCCGGUUCAGCGGCACCGUCUUGCCCGGCCAGACCAUCGUCACCGAGAUGUGGAAGGAAGGUGGAAAAAUCCUGUACCAGGCCAAAGUGAAGGAGACGGGCAAAUCCUGCAUCAGCAAUGCGGCGGUCGAGUUGUUGCAGGGGAGUUCGAAGCUGUGA